AUGCUCUACCUCUUCAUCGGUCGAAUUCUUCUAGGCUAUGUUGGAAUUCUAGGCUUUCGGAUCGCCAGUACUCGGAUCUCAGCAUCCAUGCGUCUAGCAUACCUCCGAGCGCUUUUCAACCAACCCAUCUCUGUUCUCGACACGCUUCCUCCAGGGCAGACAGCAGCAAUAAUUACUACUACAACCAACAUUCUCCAAGUUGGGAUAUCGGAGAAACUGUCCAUGUUUCUUCAAUCCGUGUCACUUGUCGUUACCGCUCUAAUCGUAGCAUUUUACUAUAAUUGGCAGCUUACUCUUGUCACGAGCAGUGGGUUGGUGUUUGUUAUGGUGUUUUAUUGCUUCACUAUCCCAUUUUUAGUAAAGAGGUUAAAGGAAGUAGAGGAUGCUGAUAGAAUGAGUGCAUCCAUUGCGAACGAAGUAUUUGAAUCCAUUAGGAUGGUGGCUGCUUGUGGGGCAGAAGAGAAAAUGGCAAAGAAGUAUACUGGCUGGGUAGAAGAGUCACGACGGAGAGGUUUCCUGCUCUCACCUUUGGUUGCAAUUCAGCAGGCACCAGUUUUCUUCGCCGUUCACACUACAUUUGCCCUUUCAUUUUGGUACGCCGUAAAACUAUAUCUGGCAUUGCAGAUACCCAGCGUCACAAUUAUCAUGAUUAUACUUACAUCCAUCAUGACAAUCGUGAUGUCCAUCGGAGGAAUCGCUGGUCCUGUGACCUCAGCUGCACAUGCUGCCGGUGCAGCUAGCAUUCUGUUUACUAUCAUCGAUGCCCCGAAACCCCCAACAAAAGGCAUUGAGGAAAUGAAUGCAUCUUCUGAAGACAUCAUAUUUCAGAAUGUCGAUUUUGUUUAUCCAGCAAGAUACGACCUGAAGGUCCUAGAUAAUCUAACCCUCCGGUUUUCUGCUCGAAAGGUCACAGCUAUCGUUGGUCCUUCUGGUUCGGGAAAAAGUACGAUUGUAGGAUUGCUCGAGAGAUGGUACGAGCUUGAUGGAAAUUUGACUGAUAAUGCUAUUACACUGUUCUUCAGGUCCGGUACUAUCACAGUGGGCAAUCGGAAUUUGCGCGAAAUAGAUCUCAAGUCAUGGAGAUCUCAAAUUGGACUUGUUCAACAAGAGCCUUUCCUCUUCAACGACACAAUAUCGAAGAAUGUGGAAUACGGGUUGGUAGGCACUAAGUGGGAACAUGGAACCGAAAAGCAAAAGAGGAAGUUGGUUGAACGAGCCUGCAGGGAAGCUUUUGCCGAUGAGUUUAUUUCUCGGCUCCCUGAAGGAUAUAAUACAGUAAUUGGAGACGCAGGAAUAAAGUUGAGUGCUGGUCAGCGUCAGAGAGUAGCAAUCGCUCGAAGUAUCGUUAAACAACCCCGUAUCUUGAUACUUGACGAAGCCACCAGCGCCGUCGAUAUCCGUAGCGAACGAAUCGUGCAAGCAGCUUUAGAUCGAAUUUCCAAAAAUAGGACCACGAUUAUGAUUGCUCAUCGCCUUUCAACUAUCAGGAAAGCGGAUAAUAUAGUCGUGUUGAAGAAGGGUAAGGUGGUGCAACAAGGAACCCAUGAGGAACUGUUUGCUGACACAGAGGGCACGUAUUGGGGACUUGCGCAUGCCCAGAAGCUUUCUCUGGGUGAUGACACCCCGGAAAUUAAUACCCUCUUAGAUCCUGAGAAGCAGAAUGGAUAUCGAAGGGAGGAAGAAAGGUUCAGAGAGCAGCACGAAGCAGUUCCAAGCUCCGAAAGUUUUUCACAUGAUUCAAAAUCCGGAAGCUUUGCACUCUUUCUCUGGGAACAAAAGUUCCAGUGGAAAUGCUACGGCUUGAUGGUUUUCGGUGCUUUGGGUGUUGGUGUUUCGUUCCCCUUCCAUGCCAUCCUCUUCGCAAGAUUGAUCUCCUUGUUCAAUCUCUGGGGACAAGCACUCCAAGAUCAGACCAAUUUCUGGUGUCUUAUAUUCGUCUUCCUAGCUGUCGGGGUCGCAAUCAGUCACACUGUCUUGGGAUGGUCCUCCAACAUUGUCUCCUUCCAAAUAACAGCAAAUUAUCGAAAGGAGUAUUUCCAAAAUACUCUUGCUAAGCAAAUUCCGUACUAUGAUCAAGAGGAGAAUUCGGUCGGAGCUUUAACCUCCUUGAUGAUUGGCGAUCCCAUUCAAUUGCAACAACUCCUCGGAAGCAACAUGGCAAUUGUUCUCAUCGCUCUUUUUAACAUUGUGGGCUCAAUCGCCCUAUCGCUGUAUUUUGGCUGGAAGCUUACUCUGCUGGCAAUUUGCAUAACUAUGCCCAUUAUCUUGUUUUCGGGGUACCUCCGAAUUCGCUACGAGGUGGAAUUUGAGAGCAUGAACCAUGCGGUCUUUGCUGAGAGCAGCAAAUUUGCUACAGAGGCUAUUGGAGCUAUUAGAACUGUUUCUAGUCUCACACUUGAGGGGACAAUUUGUCGAAGAUUCGAAGAACUAUUGGAAAACCACGCUAAGAAUGCUUUGAAGAAAGCGAGGUGGUCUUGUUUUGUUUUCUCCUUGAGCGAUAGCAUUUCGAUUCUGUGUAUGGCGUUUAUUUUGUGGUACGGAGGACUACUCCUCUCAGGUCACGAGUAUACUCCAUUCAAUUACCUGGUUGUCUAUCUGGCAGUCGUGCAGGGGAGUACCAGCGCUGGACAGUCAUUGAGCUUUGGUCCUAAUAUAGCUUCAGCCUUUGCAGCGGCAAACCGAGUCCGAAAUAUGCGCCCAUCUAUUGAAGAUGACACCACUUCCAUUGCAGAAGAACUUCCACUCGACAGUGAAAAGGCUCUCGGGGUGACUAUUGAAUUCAGCAAUGUUUCCUUCAAGUAUCCCACCAGAGAUGUUGCUGUGUUAGAACAACUCAACAUGAGUAUCGAAGCUGGCCAAUUUGCUGCUAUAGUCGGUCCAUCUGGAUGUGGAAAAACAAGCAUAAUAUCACUGCUUGAACGGUUUUACACACCGCAACGAGGCAAUAUUCUUUCCAGCGGUCGUGAGAUCGGUAAAGAGCCACUUUCUUCCUAUCGUUCCAACAUAUCCCUCGUUGCUCAAGAGGCUGGCUUGAUAUCCGGAACGAUAUGUGAGAAUAUUUUGCUCGGCAUCCCAUCAGCACCCUUUUCAUCUUGUGAAUCAUGCUCAAGCAAAGCGAAGGUGGAAUUGGAGGCAAGGGUGCACUCAGCUUGUCGUGCGGCAAGAAUACACGAUUAUAUAGUUUCAUUGCCUGAAGGAUAUGAGACUGCUGUGGGUGCUAAAGGCUUGGCAUUAUCUGGGGGUCAGAAACAACGGAUAGCAAUUGCCAGAGCGCUUAUCAGGAAUCCAAGGUUGCUGCUGCUUGAUGAAGCGACGUCAAAUCUAGACUCAGAGACCGAGAAGGAGGUCAUGGAAGCCUUCGAACAGAGAACGACAGGGAUGACGAGAAUUAUGGUUGCACAUAGACUUUCAACUGUUCAGAAUGCGGAUAUCAUUUUUGUGAUGGGUGAAGGGAGAGUAGUUGAGAAGGGGACUCACAAAGAACUACUAGGGAUGAAAGGUAGGUAUUGGCAAAUGUGUCAGAGCCAGGCUCUUGAUAGGUAG